AAUCGUUCCCGACAGUCCGCGACAUAGAGAGGAGAGCAGUGGAGAGAAGCCAAAACCGUCUCAGCUCUCGUUCUUCUUCUUCCUCCAACCUUCGUUCCUGACGGUCGGCGACAGAGAGAGGAGAUCAGCGAGGAGAGAAGCCAAAACCCAUAUCUGAACUUCCGAAAAACCCAUCUCAGGCAAGCAUUCUUCUCGUUCUUCUUCUUCCUCCAAAUGGAGUUUCUGGAAUUUCCGCGACAGAGAGAGGAGAUCAGCGAGGAGAACCCGCCAGAACCCAUAUCUGAACUUCCGAAAAACCCAUCUCAGGCAAGAAGUGAUCUCGUUCUUCAUCUUCCUCCAACCUCCGUUCCCGACGGUCGGCGACAGAGAGAGGAGAUCAGCGAGGAGAGAAGCCAGAACCCACUUCCCUCCUUCCGAAAAACCCAUCUCAGAGAGAGGAGAGCAGAGAGGAGAGAAGUGCGAACUCAGCUCGUGACCCCUUCCGAACCCAAGAUCUCAGCUAUUAUGUCUGGAAGUAGUAUCCCUGCCAUUAAGUGGUCUGAAUUUGAGACCACUGUUCUCAUUGAAGCAAUGAAAGAAGCUGUAAAAAAUGGUCACAAAUCCGGUAAUUCAUUUAACAAAACUGGAUGGGAGAACAUUACAAAGCAAUUUCAACAGGCUUUAAAUCGUCCAGUUGGGAGAGAACAGUUACGCAAUAAGAUGAACAAGUUGAAACAAGAGUAUCAACAGUUCAAGAGACUGCUUGACACAACUGGAUUUGGGUGGAACUCAAUGACAAAAGCAGUCACAGUUGAUGAUGAGUCCGUAUGGGAUAGGGCAAUACAGGUACCCUAGAUUUCACUAGCUAGUUGAAUUAUUUAAAAAUUAGAUUACAAUGAGUAGUACAUAUACGUGAUACAAUUACUGCUUAUGCAGAAAAAUCCAGGUUGGUUGAAAUACAAGAAGUAUGGACUAAACAAUUGGCCAGAUUUGAGCAUGGUAUUUGGGGAUGCAUAUGCUACAGGUAACUUAGGGGUUGAUAGUGCUCAAGAUUUGGAUGGCA